UUAGAUAAAUAUUCUAGAGAAAUGGAAUCGAUGGAUAUAUGUUUCUCUCUCUAUACAUUGUAUAUCUAUCUAUAGUAGACUAGUAGUGUGCUGCUGCUGCAACUUCAUUGGGAAGGUUAAAGAAAAAUGUUAGGAGGUGUGCAAAAGGUACUUUCGCAUGGAGGUUUGAUUAAGAAUGCAGUUCUUCAGCAUAUCCGUGUAGCGAGUCCUAUUUUGUUCACAAGAUAUGAGACUACAUCUGCUGCAUCCGCUCCUCGUAUUGAAGAACAUGGAUUUGAGAGCACUACGAUCUCAGACAUACUGAAAGUGAAAGGAAAAAGUGCUGAUGGUUCCUGGCUUUGGUGUUCCACAGAUGACUCUGUUUAUGAAGCUGUGAAAUCUAUGACACACCAUAAUGUUGGUGCCCUGGUUGUGGUGAAACCUGGUGAGGAGAAGUCGAUUGCUGGGAUUAUCACAGAGAGAGAUUAUCUGAGGAAGAUCAUAGUGCAGGGAAGAUCAUCAAAGUCAACAAAAGUUGGGGAUAUCAUGACUGAAGAGAACAAGCUGAUCACAGUGACACCUGAAACCAAAGUUCUCAAGGCAAUGCAACUCAUGACAGAGAAGAGAAUCAGGCACAUUCCAGUUAUCGGUAACGAGGGAAUGCUAGGGAUGGUAUCGAUUGGAGAUGUGGUGAGGGCAGUGGUGAGCGAGCAUAGGGAAGAGCUGGACCGGCUAAACGCUUACAUCCAUGGCGGUUACUAGUUAUGGGUGGAUGUGGUUUGUUGAUAAUGACGAUCAUGAGAGCAGAGUGUUAUUGUUGUCGUAUGACAAUGAUGAGAUAGAUGCUCUUUAGCUGCUGAAAGUAAAUGGUGUUUAAUGUAUGUUGUUGUGUUCUUCUUCUAGGGGAUGUUGACUGGUUUGGUUAUGCUUAUAAUCAAUCCAUCAAGACACUAGAUGAUAACCAACUUUGGUUUUUAUCUUCCCUUUUACUCUGUCCACCCACAUCAUGUUUAUCAUGGUCGGUGACUUUUAAAUAAUUAACAAUUAUAAUAAUAAUAAUAAUAAUAUCAUCCUGCUUUCUUGGCU